AUGACAAAUCAUUGGGUUGUUGGUCGUUCACCUUGUCGUGGACAUGCGAGCAAUGGAACUGAUGGUUGCUUCAAGGUAUUGACUUGGAACCACAACGGGAUCAAGGGGAAGCAAUUCUUGCCCAGAGAAAAGGUUGCCGCAACUCGUUGGCUGAUCACCAGAGCUGGACCAGAUGCCAAAAAGGGUAUUCACACAAAGUGGUGGGAGAAGGACAUGGAGAACAACAUGAAGAAUAUCAAAUCACAAGAAGAUUUUGAUGAACAGCUUCUGAAGGCUGGAGAUAAGCUCACAUUGGCGCACUUCUUUUCACCUAACUGUAGAGCUUGUAAGGCCCUACACUCUAAGGUACAUCAAUUUGCCAGGAUGCAUCCAGGACUGCAAUUUGUUAUGAUAAACUAUAAUGAACAGACUGAGAUCUGUAAGAGGCUCAAUGUCCAUGUCUUGCCAUUGUUCCGCUUUUACAGAGGUGCUGAAGGUCAAAUAUGUAGCUUCAGCUGCACUAUUUCAACCACUGAGUCUUGCGGCACAAAAGGGCUUGGAGCCAUGGAGGAAUCUGAAUACAAGAGCGUUGCCCCACAUACUGAUGUUCCAAAUGCAAGUGAUGCUUCACCAAACAUGGAUACAGAUGACGGACCUGUUGGACCUAACAAUGAAUAA